AUGCCGCAUGUCCGACGCACCGAAUAUCCAAAGGUGAACUCUUCGUAUGUUCUCGAAUACGUUGAGGUAAUUCACCGGCAUCAUAAGCGCACCCCGUACGCUGCCAAUACUUUCCCAGUCGAGGUCGACCCAUGGUACUGCGACAACGAGGCGCUCUUCUACUACGGCACGCCCUUACCAACUCACGGUAGCAACUCUUCUGCCAAAACAUACUGGAAUGUAUACACCUCCUCGUCUAAUCCACUUGCACCGCGAGGAUUUAAAGGAACCUGCCAGUUUCCACAGAUCACCCGCGGAGGGCUUGACGACAGCUGGCAGCAUGGCCAUGAUUUAUACGAAGUCUACCACGAUCUGCUUAGGUUCCUACCUGAUGAAUACGAUCCAAAUCUUGUCAGUUUCCGCGUCACGAACAAUAUUAUCACUUCGCAGGUCGCCAGCAUGGUUAUAUCGGGUAUGUUUGGCGGCGGCCAGGCACAGCAGAACUUACCCUUGCAUGUUCAGCCUGCCAGCAUCGACAGUCUCGAGCCCGCAUACCCCUGCUUAGCGGCGGCUAGAAAUUUCUCAGCGUAUGGUGUCGGAAGCAGCGAUCCAGGCUGGACUUCGCACCUAAAGGCUGCGUCUGACCUAUUCGCAAAUCUCGAUACCAUUUCUGGUAUUUCACCUACGGAUUGGGGCUUUCACAUUUCCUUCGAUCAUUAUUUUGACAAUCUCUCUGCGCGGCUCUGCCAUUCCAUGCCGCUCCCCUGCAAUGCCAGCAACCCGUCUCUCUGCGUUACGCAGGCGAUGGCUGAUGGGGUUUUUAGAUUAGGGCAAUACGAGUACAGCUAUCUCUACAGAGACGCUGGGGCACGCACACUUGAGUAUAGCACUAGCAAAUUCGGCAUAUGGAUCGCAGAAUUGGCCCAAAAUUUACGAGACGCGAUGCAUGCAACUGACCCAGCGAUUAUCGGUAACAGGACGAAUAGUGGUAUGAGAUAUCGACACAACAUUGCCCAUGACGGAAGCAUUAGUUAUAUAUUGAGCAUCUUACAGAUAGAAAAGAUGAUGUGGCCAGGCAUGGGCAGUGAGCUGGUAUUUGAGCUUUAUAAGAGGAAAGUGGACCAGCAAUAUUACAUCCGAGUCUUGUGGAGUGGGCAAGUACUGAAAAGCAGCCACCCAACGCUUGGUGUCUUGGAUAUGCUUCAAGUCGAGAUCCUUCUUGCUUAUUUUGACGGGCUUGUAGGUCAAAGAGCAAAAAGGAUACCUAGCCUGUGUAGCUUGUGA